CAUUGGACGCGCGCUGUCUAAUAAAGCUGAACUUAGACGCGCAGGUGUCAAACCGAAACUACCCGCAUGUAAAUAUUUUAUUGUUUUCAAGGCAAUGCAUACACAACGCAUUACAAACUACGUGUGUCGGUGAGUUCUUCCUGUUAUCAAGUUAAAAAUAGUCUUUCUGACGAUAGUGAAUUCUGUGUUUAUUCAUUUAAGUUCUUGCAUAAGGCAGUGAUGCCUCAAAUCACGUUAGGUGUGAUCAUACAGCUGACGCUCCUGCUGUCAGCUCUACCUGCGCAGUAUCUCAUCUCCAAAUGGACAAGCGGCACCGCGACACAACGACACAUCGCCACUCAGAGAAUCCUUGACACAUGGGACUCCAUAAGAACAUCCUACUUGAACACAGCUGCUUGGGUUGACUGGCUAAAUACCUGGAUUCCCAAACUACCGACCUUCGCUGAGGAAGAGGACGAGUAUCAAACUCUGGAAGAAGCGCUUGCAAUCGAGCUGAUGAUGCAUGAUAAUGAGCACGGGUACUUUGCAGUGUCAAAGGAGGUGCGAAGCCCCAGGCCGGCAUACGUGCUGCACCGUGUAGGUCAAGUUGUGAUGACACAGAAUAAUAUGGUGGGGGUGAUCAUAGGAUGGGACGCAGGACUCAGAGCCCCACCAGAGUGGAUCAAGAGAAAGAAAUACUCAGAGCUGGAGAGAGUCAAGGAUACUCCUCAUUACAGAAUAAUGUUCAGUGGACCCGAUUCCUCAUCAAUACUGAUUGGAUACAUUCCCCAGAAUAACAUCAAGCUAUUUCAAGGCUUUCAGCCAGACAUUCCUACUCUACAGCACUAUUUUUCACACUUUGAUGGGGAAAAGUUUGUUUUGGAGGAAUGGUUGCAAGAAAUCUACCCUCACGACUGAAGGAGUGAAAACCUGUGAGGUUUUAAAAACACUUUGAAAUGCUUGAGAACACAGACAUUAUGUCUGCUACCCUUCAUUGACAGUAUUGAUUCUUUUAAAGCAAUUGAAAAACAAAGACAAAAUGAAGUAAGAAAAUGUGCGAGAUAUAUCUUGUUUACUUACCCCAUAGACUGAGUAAUUUCAGUUAUUAAACUUAUACUUGUGGAAUAUAUAUAAAUAUAUGUUAAGUGGCUUUCUCAGGGCAAAAUAUAUAUGUAUAUAUAUAUAUAUAUAUAUAUAUAUAUUCCACAAAAAGCAAUUUUUAGUAUUGCUUUUUUAUAUUCUUAAAAUGAUUAAUUACUUGCAGACUUUGCAUAGUAUAGGUAAAGUUAUGAAGGAAACUACUGUGAUAAAGGUCAAAUAAAGAUUAAAUGAAAUGUUUUUAAAUGCCCUUAAGUCAAUAUACACGUUAAUUGGACUCAGAUGGGUUCCAGAAAAUUAAUUACUUUCUGUUAAUACCAUAUAGUAUAUUUAUUCACAUGAA